UCAGCGGAGGGGCGGCGCGGCGCGGCGCUAAGGGGGCUGCCCGCCACCAGCUACGGCCCCUCGCCGCCCGGAGGAGCGGGCCGGGCCUGGCGGCGCAGUGGGCCGGGCGGCGCAGGGCGGGCGCCCGGCCGCGGCAGAGGAGAGGGGCGAAGGCUACACACCCAGGAGGAGGCCGUCCAUGUCAAAGAUGAGGUAACUCGCCGUUGGGCUUCAAGAUUGUUGAAAUACCAGUUGCAGAAGCAGACGUGAAAAGAGCUGUAUCAGGCUCCCAAGGUGACAUACUGGCUCGAAGAUUUGUGCUGCUUUACAGUUCUGUGUGAAGGCGAUGGUUAGUUGCAGCUUUGCGUCAAGGAAGUCCUGUCUUUUUUGUCUUUGACGUGACUGGACUUUGUUCCCAUUUGCUGAUAAUAAGUGUGCAGCCAUCGUGUUUGAAAACUAGAGGCAGAGACUGAAACAAUUCCGUGCUGCAAGGAAGAAGAUGAGACUCCUUUUAUUUCUAAUAAUUUGCCAGUGUGCCAUAAACAGUGUCAAAACACACAGUACUUCAAAUCCCAAUGUCAUUUUACUGAUGGCUGAUGAUCUUGGUAUUGGAGACCUGGGAUGUUACGGGAACAGAACCUUAAGAACCUCUAAUAUUGACAGGCUAGCAGAGGAAGGAGUGACGCUUACUCAGCAUAUAGCAGCAUCCCCACUUUGUACUCCAAGCAGGGCAGCUUUCCUGACAGGGCGAUAUCCUAUCAGAUCAGGAAUGGCUGCCUUCUCACGAGUUGGUGUCUUCUUAUUUUCUGCCUCUUCUGGGGGACUUCCUUCUGAAGAAAUAACUUUUUCCAAACUCCUGAAGCAGAGAGGUUAUGCAACAGCUCUAAUAGGAAAGUGGCAUCUUGGGAUGAACUGUGAAAGCAGUAAUGACUUCUGUCACCACCCCCUCAGUCAUGGAUUUGAUUACUUUUAUGGGCUUACCGUGACCAAUUUUAGAGACUGCAAACCUGGCCAAGGCAGCGUAUUUUUAAAAGGGGUUCAGAAAUCCCUUGUCAUCCCAGUCCAAAUCGCUGGAAUCACCCUGGUCUCUUUGGCAAUAGUGCAGUACGUUGGCCUCCUCAAAGUACCUUUCCAAGCAUUGGGUUACUGCUUGUUAAUAACCGCUAUUUCACUUGCGGUUUUGAUUUUUUUCUUUUAUCAUUUUCGACACUUGAACUGCUUCUUAAUGAGGGAUCAUCAGAUUAUCCAACAACCGCUAUCCUAUGAGAACUUUACUCAGAGACUGACAAAGGAAGCCGUACAGUUUAUAGAAAGGAACACUGAUGCACCAUUUCUUCUUGUCCUGUCUUAUCUUCAUGUCCAUACUGCUCUAUAUGCUUCAAAAGAUUUCAGAGGAAAGAGCAAGCAUGGUUUAUAUGGGGAUGCGGUGGAGGAAAUGGACUGGAGUGUAGGGCAGGUUCUGGAUGUGCUGGAGAAAUAUAAUCUGAGUGAUAAAACUCUUGUAUACUUUACAUCUGACCAAGGGGCUCAUGUUGAAGAAAUCUCCAGUUCUGGAGAAGUCCAUGGAGGAUACAAUGGCAUAUAUAAAGGUGGAAAAUCAAUGAACUGGGAAGGAGGUAUUCGUGUGCCAGGGCUUCUCCGUUGGCCUGGAGUAAUACAGGCUGGUGCCUAUAUUGAUGAGCCAACAAGUAACAUGGAUAUAUUUCCUACCAUAGUCAAACUUGCCGAGGCACAGUUACCCACUGACAGAAUUAUUGAUGGACAUGAUCUGAUGCCCUUACUUCAAGGAAAAGUUACCCGAUCCAAGCAUGAAUUUCUCUUCCAUUACUGUAAUGCAUAUUUAAAUGCAGUGCGCUGGCAUCCAGGAAACAGUGAAUCUGUCUGGAAGGUCUUCUUCUUCACUCCAAACUUCAGUCCUGAAGACUCCAAUGGUUGCUAUGAUUCUCAUGUUUGCUUCUGCCAUGGAGGAUUCAUCACGUGGCAUGAUCCCCCACUUCUCUUCGAUCUCUCCAGAGACCCUGAAGAGAAAGCCCCACUGACUCCAGAAACGGAGAGACGUUUCUAUGAAAUCCUCAGGGUCAUACACCUAGCAGUAGACAGCCACACCAGAUCCCUGCAUGCGGUCCCUGACCAGCUAUCCUGGGACAAUCUUCUCUGGAAGCCAUGGCUCCAGCUGUGCUGCUCAUCUCUCUUUCAGUCUUGCUACUGUGACUAUGACUCAGAAGGGAGCCUGCUGGAGGUGCAUUCGGGAUAAACAAGCUGCAAUUCCCUUUCAGAAACUGGAACAAGAG